GAACAAAGGGACCCGUUAAAUAUUGGGCAGGCAGCGCCGUGCUACCCACUGCGCUACGCUAAAAGUGUUGAGAGACUAGUAGUACCACUUGAUUGACCAUGGCCGCAGCAGCCGCCCCCUCGCGCGUCUCCGUCAAGGCAGCAGCGGCGCCCGGGCAUGGGGGCUUCGCCAAGAUCCGCCCGCAGGUGCUGUCGGCCGGGGUGAGGAGCGAGGGCUUCGGCCGCGGGGCGAGGAGAUCAGGCGCCGUCCGGGCGUCGCUGUUCUCGCCGAAGCCGGCGGCGCCCAAGGACGCGAGGCCGGCCAAGGUGCAGGAGAUGUACGUGUACGAGAUCAACGAGCGCGACCGCGAGAGCCCCGCCUACCUCCGCCUCAGCGCCAAGCAGACGGAGAACGCGCUCGGCGACCUCGUCCCCUUCACCAACAAGGUGUACAGCGGCAGCCUGGACAAGCGGCUGGGGAUCACGGCGGGGAUCUGCGUCCUGGUCCAGCACGUCCCGGAGCGCAACGGCGACCGCUACGAGGCCAUCUACAGCUUCUACUUCGGCGACUACGGCCACAUCUCCGUGCAGGGCCCCUACCUGACCUACGAGGAGUCCUACCUCGCCGUCACCGGCGGCUCCGGCGUGUUCGAGGGCGCCUACGGGCAGGUCAAGCUCAACCAGAUCGUCUUCCCCUUCAAGAUCUUCUACACCUUCUACCUCAAGGGCAUCCCCGACCUGCCGCGGGAGCUGCUCUGCACGCCCGUGCCGCCGUCCCCGACCGUCGAGCCCACGCCGGCCGCCAAGGCCACCGAGCCCCACGCCUGCCUCAACAACUUCACCAACUAGCUCAACCUGCUGCUGUACUUCCCAUCAGUUUCAAUUGCUACUAGUAUGCCAAUAAUUAAGGGGAUGUAGAUCGAGCUGUCCGAGUAGUUUAGUGUUAAUGGCGACAUACUGUUUGUGUGUAGUAUCAUCAUCACUGUUGAGGAAUCGAGAACGAGAUAUUUGUUCCCCCUUGCUGCGAUGAACUGAGUGAUCCGAUCGAACAAGAGGCUUGGCUUGGCUUUUGGUAGGUGGAUUGGAACGUCGAAUUGAUAUGAUGUGAUCCGCAACUACAGCGACCGUCGCUAUAGAGAGCUGAUUGGGUUGUUCAGUUUGUUGUUGAGCUCAUGAUGUUUUUUUAUGUGAAAAACUAUAUUCCAUUCCA